AUGGUACCGUUAAAGUGCGAUCCCGGUGUUGGGGCUGAUGCAUUAUUUGAUCAACUGUAUCGAAAACCACCAAUGGUAAUGCUUUUGGGCGCAGCCUGUUCCGAUGUCUCCAAACACAUCGCCCAGAUUUUGCCUUUCUGGAAUCUUGUAAUGUUGUCGUAUGCAUCAACGUCUGUGGCUCUCACAAACCGCGAAGAGUAUCCAACUUUCUACCGGACAGUCUCGCCGGACUCGGCUCACGACCCGGCAAAGACGGCUCUGUUACAGUAUUUCAAAUGGGAACACGUUGGCGUGCUGUUUCAAGAUGAAGAAAUAUUCUCGGCGGCUACCAGUAAAAUGAUUGAUUAUUUAGAGGCGUAUUCGAACAUCACCAUCGUAGCAGCAGAAGGCUUCGUUGACGACCCGACGUCACAGAUAGCUAAACUGAAGGAGGCCGACGCAAGAGUCAUCAUUGGAAACUUCUUCGAAAAAGAAGCAAGGCGUGUUUUCUGUGAGGCUUACAAACGUGGGAUGUAUGGCGGUAAAUACAUAUGGAUACUGGUGGGUUGGUACCAGUCUGAUUGGUGGAUGGCAGACAAUGACACGGACUGCACUGUGGAAGAAUUACAGGACGCUCUGAAUGGUUACAUAGCGGUGGAAUCUUUGAAUCGAGAUAUACAGAACCGUACAACGGUAUCUGGUUUGACACCGAAUCAAUUCGAGGAGUUGUUAAUUGAACAUGGCGAAGGCUUAACGACAUACGCUCCGCAAACAUACGACGCAGUUUGGGCCAUUGGAUUAAUCAUGAAAACCCUGUCCGAGGAGAACGUGACUAAAGUGAAUAGAACAACGAGCUCUCUGGAGCAAGCUCAGUACCGUAACAGUUAUCUCCGAGACAAAAUUAAAAGCAUUCUGUCGCAUCUAAGUUUUGUUGGCAUUUCGGGACACAUAACGUUCAAUGGAGCAGACAGAGAAAGUAUCACCGUCUUUGACCAAAACCAAGACGGUAAAAUGAAGAGAAUCGCCAUUUACAACCCUUUGACAGAAUAUUUGGAUUUCAACGCGACAGACUGCGUUCCAAUUCUUUGGCAAGAUGGAAAAGUACCACGUGACCGACUGUUGGUGAUCGAGGAGAUAGUUCAUAUAGAUGGCAUCGCAUUCACCUGCAUUACACUCAUGUCGAUAGGGGGCGUACUCAUUUCCAUAUUGUUCCUGUUGUUCAAUCUUAGAUACAGAAACACCAAAUUCAUCAAACUAUCUAGUCCUAAUUUGAAUAAUCUUGUGAUAAUCGGGAGUAUUUUAGUGUAUCUAUGUCUUAUUUUGUUGGGACUGAACUCUACGAUUGUGAAGAAUACCACGAUACUCACAGUACUUUGUUCGGUUCGAGCGUUCUUAUUAGCUGCUGGAUUUUCACUGGCAUUUGGCUCGUUAUUUAUCAAAACAUAUCGUGUUUACCAUAUAUUUACACGUGCCGCCAGCGGCGUCCUUCGAACAAAGAUGCUACAAGAGUCUCGUUUAUUUCUUAUGGUCACGUGCCUGUUCGUCUUCGAUACGAUUGUACUCGUUAUUUGGAUUUGUAUGGAUCCCCUACAUAUGAAAGAACAAAUACUGCCAUCAACGACUCGAGACGAAGACGAUAUCCUCUACAUUCCAAUUAUUGAACAGUGCACUUGCAAUCGCAUGGACAUAUGGCUGGGAAUACUAUACGCCUACAAAGGAUUACUUCUGUUAUUUGGGGCAUUCCUUGCUUGGGAAACAAGAAAAGUGAAAAUUGAAGCUUUGAAUGACUCCCAAUAUAUCGGGAUGAGUGUUUACAAUGUUAUGCUAAUGAGCAUUAUCACGGUCAUUAUCUCGAAUGUGAUCGGCACAGGUCAACAAGUCACUACAACCUUCUUAGUCAUCUCCACGUUUAUCUUAAUAUCAACAACAAACACAUUAUGUUUAUUAUUUCUACCAAAGAUCUAUGCAAUGAAAAGAACGGGCGGUAAAGACAGAGACCAUGUUACCUUGUCAACGGGCCUUGAGGUCAAAGGUAGAACUCGAAGAUUCCUAUGCAGUGAAAGGCAGGAUUUCCGCGAACGUCUUUUCAGAGCUGAAGUACAAAAUCGAGCAUUUAAAAAAGAACUGUCACGGCUUGAUGUACAGAUCAACAACUUGGAAGAGGAAUUAGAAGAACUUCUUUCUACCGAAAUUUCAGAUACCGAUGAAACUUCGUUGUUGGUGCACAGCGAUGGCGACGCUCGCUUUCCAGCAAGUACAUCUUCUGAGUUAUUGAUGGACAUACAGGAAACAGAUAUAAGUAACUACUAUGAAAUCGAAAACCAAAGAAAGCAAAUCGCAACAGGUGACAAAAUACAAUAUGUGAAACUUGAACUGAGUGAGAAAGACUCUGAGAAUGAUCCACAUAUUUUUAAAAUAUCAAAAUCUUCCCUUAAAUCUGCACCUGUGAGGACCUUCGACAAUGUUGAGUACACAAGUUUGCCUACUGUUGGCAAUAACAAUUCCAACUCUAAAAAGAGGAUUUGCGAUAAAACGAACUCACACAAAAACAACACCCAUAUAUUGUCUGUGGAUGACCACGAACGGGAGAUGAUACGAUUGCGGAAUGAGAUACUUCGUUUACAAAAACAGUUGGCUGAACUGGAUUCAUGUAGGAUAGUGUACUACGUAUAA